CAAAUUUUUCAAAACACAUUAAAGUUGUGUAUUUUUUUAUAUUGCUCAGAAUUUAUUUAAUAAUAACCAAUAAUGUCGCAAGAUACCAAAGACGAAUUCUCCGAUGUUUCAAUUCCUCCUAUAUUAGAAGAUGUGAAUAGUUGGGUGCAAGAUUAUUUGCUACAGCCAGAAAAAUUAAAAAUACAUAAAUGGGAACGUUCUCAAACGCAUUGGCAUAGAAAACCCAAUAUAGAUUCCUUAUUUUUGCUAGAUGAUGAUGAUGAGAACGAACCGGACACAACCCUUGAGGUAGUUAGAGAUCCUUUAACAGGUGAGAUUAUAGGAGUAGAAGAAAUCUGCAUACCAACAGAGGAUGACGAGGAAAACUUAUCAAUGGCUCGAGCACCACUGCCUCCAAGCCUUGCCACCCGUGGUACUACAACACAGAGUCCAUUUUUACCAGCUGGUUUUGAAGAAGAUCUUCAAAAGAUGAUAGAAGAGCAGCAAAAACAGAUAGAAAUCAACCUUAAUACAGAGAAUGAUGUACCUGGAAAAUUUUUGGGUGAAGAUAUAUUAACUGUAGCACCAGGCUGUAAGGACAGUGUAUUGUUUGCUGAGGAUGGUUUUACAUUGCUCAAUGAGGGCAAACCUGAAGACAAACCUGAUGACAUUGAGGAUGUCGACAUCAAUAUCAAGAUUAAUUUGGAAGAGAUAGUGGAAAACAAUGUACAUUUAGUAGAUCUAUGGAAAGAUGAUAGUGAACAACCUCAAAAACCUAAAACACCAAGUCAUAUUGAAGUAGCAACAGAUGAAAUAGAAAACGAAAAUUUCCUGGAAGAAACUGUCGUCAAACCUCCUGUAGAACUGCCAGAAAUACCAGUAUUGGACAUAACCAGUUCUGUGGGAAAAUUAGGAGUGACUUCCACAGAAUGGGCCGAGAUGAUUGAUGUUUCGAAGCCUGUACCAGAAUUUAGAGACAAGAUUAAAGACAUGGCUCAUUCAUAUCCUUUUGAAUUGGAUAAUUUCCAGAAGCAAGCAAUAUUAAAAUUAGAAGAAGGUCAUCAUGUAUUUGUCGCUGCUCACACAUCUGCUGGUAAAACGGUGGUCGCAGAAUAUGCAAUUGCGAUGUCAAGAAGAAAUUACACAAGGGCCAUCUACACGUCUCCAAUUAAAGCUUUAUCGAACCAGAAGUACAACGAUUUCAACAAGUUGUUUGGCGAUGUCGGCUUGCUGACCGGAGACCUGCAGAUCAACGCCACCGCAUCCUGUCUCGUGAUGACGACCGAGAUCCUCCGCUCGAUGUUGUACUGCGGCUCCGAUGUUGUCAGAGAUCUGGAGUUUGUAAUAUUCGACGAAGUUCAUUAUAUCAAUAAUGUCGAGCGCGGCUACGUGUGGGAAGAGGUGUUGAUCCUCCUGCCGUCGCACGUGAGGAUAGUGAUGCUGAGCGCGACCGUACCGAACACGCUGCAGUUCGCGGACUGGGUCGGACGAACGAAAAAACGGAAGGUGUUCGUCGUAUCGACUCCCAAACGACCGGUACCGCUGUGCCAUUAUUUGUACACAGGCAGCGGUGGUAAAUCAAAGAAUGAGAGAUUCAAAGUGGUAGAUCAAGAAGGAAACUUCCUGCUCCGUGGAUACAACGAGGCCCUCGCUGCUAAGAAGUCCAGGGAGAACGAUUACAAGAAAAACUUUGGCCCGAAAGGUGGGAAACAAUACAUGAACCCCAAAGCUGAACAGACGAUGUGGGUCGCCUUCAUUGAUCACUUGAAGCAAAACGACAAACUUCCAAUUGUGGCUUUCACUUUAUCUCGCAACAGGUGUGACCAGAACGCGGAAAAUCUGAUGUCCGUCGAUUUGACGACGGCGAAAGAGAAAAGUCACAUUAGAUCAUUCUUUCAGAGGUGCCUGCAGCGAUUGAAGGAGCCUGACCGUAAAUUGCCGCAAGUUUUAAGAUUACAAAGAGUUUUAGAAAACGGUAUCGGCGUGCAUCACAGCGGUAUAUUGCCGUUGCUGAAGGAAAUCGUUGAAAUGUUAUUUCAGACCGGUUUCGUUAAAAUAUUGUUCGCGACUGAAACGUUCGCGAUGGGCGUGAACAUGCCGGCGAGGACGGUAGUCUUCGACGAGAUCACCAAGUUUGACGGCGUCGAGCGCAGGACCCUCGUUCCGGCCGAAUACAUACAAAUGGCGGGAAGGGCUGGACGGAGAGGUCUAGACGACACCGGCACAGUGAUAAUACUUUGCAAAGAAAGUGUUCCGGAUUUGGUGACGCUAAAAGGAAUGUUAUUGGGAACACCGCAGAAGCUCUCCUCCCAGUUCAGACUGACAUAUGCCAUGAUCCUAAGCUUACUACGAGCGGCCACGGUUUCCGUCGAGGGCAUGAUGCAGCGCUCGUUUUGCGAGUUCAACCAGAUCUGUCAGGCGGACAACUACCGCAGACAGCUCGAGAUCGCCGAGAAGGAGUACUCCGAGAAGUGCAGCGCCCCCCUCGCGUCGCACCUCGCCCCCCUCGCCGCCUUCUACGAGACCGCGGCCGCCUACCUCGACGUGCUCAACGAGAUAAUGCCCAUACUGCUGAACCAAUCGAAGGUGGCAAAGGAAUUGGACGCAGGGAAGAUACUGAUCGUCUCCGCCGGGCCGUAUAUCAAUCAGCUGGCCGUGUAUUUGAAUAGCACUGGUCCACGACAAACUCCGUAUAAGGUUUUAGUACUGAACACGCCGAUCCAAGACUCGUCGCGUUAUAACUUCGAAAUCGACGAAAAUUGGUACCGGAUGCUCAGUUUCUCUGCUACAUACGAUGCCAUAGGUACAGAGGAAAGCACGAUGGAUCAUAAAGUAUUGUGUAUCGCGCCAAGGAACAUAGUUGCGGUAACGAAAAUGAACCUAAAAAUCGACGUCACUCGCAUUAUACAAGACUGGGAACAGCGGCAGAUACCGCGGUUCAAGGACGCUCCGGUGGGGGCGAGCUGCGCCAGCACGGUGCAGGAGCUGUCCCGCAUGUCGCACGCCGCCCGCGCCGGCGCCGUCCAGCUCGAGCGGAUCAACCUCACGCACUCCCUCGCCAUCUCCACCGGCGAGAUACUGCAGGCACUAGACAAGUUAAAAACACUAUCCGUAUGUAUACACCUUAAUUAG